GUUCUAUCCAGCUCUGCUGCAGCAAACAACUCCAUUGCUUUCAACGAGCCUUUUCCAAGUUUGUAUUGUUGAACUAAAGUUGAAAAUCAUGGGCAAGAAAGGCAACCCAGAUAAGCCAAAAGGACGCAUGUCUGCCUAUGCCUUCUUUGUGCAAUCUUGCAGACAAGAACACAAGAAGCAGCAUCCAGCAGAAAGUGUGGUCUUUGCUGAAUUCUCAAAGAAGUGUGCUGAAAGAUGGAAGAAAAUGACAGAUAAGGAAAAAAAAGUGUUUCAUGACAUGGCCGACAAGGACAAAGAGCGAUACAAUACAGAGAUGGAGAAGUACACACCACCAAAGGGAGAAAAGAAGGGAAAGAAGCGCAAGCGCAAGGACCCUGAUGCACCAAAAAGGAAUUUGUCGCCAUUUUUCUUGUUCUGCAAUGUUAAAAGGGCUGAAGUAAAGAAGGUACAUCCUAACUGGGGAGUAGGUGAUGUGGCUAAAGCACUCGGUGAACAAUGGAAAAAUGUGUCAGCAGCAGAUAAGGCAAAGUACGAGAAGGAGGCAGCCAAAGAAAAAAUAAGAUAUGAAAAGGACAUGGAAGCUUACAAGUCAAAGAAAGCCAAGUCACUUAAAGCAGAAGUUUCACCACCACCGGUAAAGAAAGUGGUCCAGAUGAAAAAACAGGAGACAUCAAGUUCAGAAGAGGAAGAGGAAGACAGUGAUGAAAGUGACGUAGAGAGCAGUGACGAGGAAUAAACUCCAUAUACUAUGAACAUUUUACUUUUAUAGUGUCAUUUUACUGAAUAUACUAUUCCAACUGUCUGUUUUAUCCUUGGGGAGGGGGGAAAAGAAGUUUUAGGCCAAAGAAAAUUUGUUGGAUCCAUUAAUGAACUGCAUUCUGAGUAACUCCCACAGUCAGUUGAAAUCCCCCAUUUUUGUUUUUAGCCUUGUGCCAUUGUCUAAUUAUGAAUUGUGUUCAGUUGUAGUUGAUCGCUAUUUUGCAACACUACUGAUCUGUUAAGUGCGAGGCUAUAUAGCAUAUAUAAACACUGCCCACCCUGAGUCUUCAUCUGUAUGCAGAUGACCUAAGUUAAGAUGUCUUGCGAAAUAGAGGGUGAAGUUGUUUAAAAAUAUAAAGUUAAAUGAUUUUUUAGAAUCAUGCUGUGUGCGUUACCUUAAAUGUAGUAUUUUUGGAUAUGUAAAGUAUUACUAGAAGUGUUUUU